AUGGAUUCAACCAAAACGAAAAAGGCUGUAGCUGAACAUGAUCGGGAACAGCUUCCAUGGGAGAUGAUUGAAGAAAUACUCUCUCAUGUCCCUCCAAUAUCUCUUGUUCGCUUCAGAACCGUUUGCAAACGAUGGAACGCUCUCGUCAACGACAACACGUUCAUCAACAACCACAAGUUGACAUUUCGAUUUAUCUUAACAACCAUGUCCAAGAUUUACUCGGUAAGUAUUGACCCUAAAAUAACAGUGUGUGAGUUAACACUGGAUAUUCCAGGAAUAGAAUCUCAAAUUAAAGAUUUGGUUAAUGAUUGCAAUGAGUUAUUGCUAUGUUGCACUGAACAAUGA